ACUUGGACUUUUCUCGCAUUCAGUCACAAUUUAUUGCAGUAAUGUAGUUUUCUGUAGCUUUUAAGGUUCUUUGCAGUUUCAUAUAUAAUCAGUUUUAGUUUUUGGUUAGCUCAAGUAGAAAAAAAAAUAGAAAGAAAGAAAAACAAAGAGCGAAUUACUCCGACCCGCAAGAACUGUAAUUCCUGUCAAAGGCGGGGUAUUCUAUAAACUGGCAGAGGAGGCUAGAUCUACAUGUGCUCGCCGCUUCCAGACGACGACAACAUGGGACACUAACGUGUUAGCUGUGAGGUCUGGACUAGCAUAGGGGUGUACGAUAUAGAAGUUUUUGGUUUUGCCACGCUCUGCGGCAUUCCAGAACGCUCAGAGGCCUGUUUUCUAGUAAAAUGCAAUCACAAGUAGUCUUCCAGUUUGUGGGAUGUUUUUUUCUCUUACUUUUGGCCAAGGGCAGUGAAGCUGCGGCUUGUGACGGUUGUCAAGUUCAACCAUGUAUUUGUGUUGGAGAGAAAGGAAUUACUGGGCACCCAGGCCUUUCAGGUCUCCAAGGUCCACCAGGCCCUCCAGGUCUUAUAGGAGAAGAAGGAUCUUAUGGUCCUAAAGGUCCAUUUGGUGACAGAGGAAGUCCAGGGGAUGCAGGCCCAAAAGGCAUUAGGGGUGAACAAGGUGUUCCAGGAUUCAUAGGCUCUAGUGGUAUUCCAGGUUUACCUGGAGAAGAAGGAUCAAGAGGGGAAGAUGGAUAUCCUGGAUGUAAUGGUACUGAUGGAAAACCAGGACUGCCAGGUUCUCCAGGAAUACCAGGCUUGCAAGGUCCACCUGGUCCACCUGGAGAUUAUGGAAUGAGGGGUGAUCCAGGUGAGGGAGGUAUUAAUUCUCUAGGGAUCAAAGGUGAACCUGGUGAUGAUGGCCAACCAGGACUUGUGGGUGAGCGUGGACUGCCAGGAUUUCCAGGAAGUAAAGGACUCCGUGGACCUCUUGGUGUUCCUGGGGUACAAGGUGAUCCAGGAGAACAAGGUCCAAAAGGACCAGAAGGAGAGAGUAGGAGAGGAUCGAAAGGACCAAAAGGUGAUAGGGGAUCUCCUGGAGAUAUGGGACCCCAAGGAACAUCAGGACCUGAUUCUGAGACUUUGAUAUUCAUAAGAGGACUGAAAGGUGUACAGGGAGAAAAGGGAGAAAAAGGAGCCAAAGGUGAAUUAGGCUUAAGUGGGAGACCUGGAGAAACUGGCAGUCCUGGUGUUCCUGGUCCUAAAGGAGAAAGAGGAGAGAGAGGUGAUCCUGGACCAAGAGGAAAAAGAGGCAAAGAUGGUCUUCCUGGACCAACUGGAGAGAAAGGUCAAAAAGGUCAGCCAGGGUUGACUGGAGAAGAUGGUGUUUUUGGAGUUAAGGGACCACAAGGAGAAGAUGGCAGACAUGGUUCUCAAGGUCUUCAAGGCCCACCUGGUCCACCUGGACCAACAAUUUUAAUUGGUGAACCCCUUCCUGGUUCUCCAGGUCCACAAGGUUCUGUGGGGGAGAGGGGUGAUCCAGGAAUACCAGGAAAACCUGGAAAUGAUGGACCUGUAGGGUAUCGUGGUCCACCUGGAGUGCCAGGUCCACAGGGUCCUUCUGGGGAGCCAGGUCCACCUGGAGUUAGCUUUAAGGGAGAACCAGGAGAGGAUGGGAUACCAGGAAAAACAGGAAUAGUUGGAAAGCCUGGUUUUCCAGGACUUCAGGGUCCUCCAGGUGAAGAAGGUCUGCCUGGAAUCACUGUUGUUGGACCUCCAGGAGAGUCUGGAAGGCAAGGUCUUAAUGGUAUACCAGGAUUACCUGGUCAAAGAGGUGAUCCAGGUCCUCCAGGACUAAAAGGUAUUCCUGGAAUUGGUGUACCUAAAAUUGGGCCACCUGGUCAAAUUGGACUCCAAGGGAUACCAGGAGAACCAGGUGAACCAGGAACUCCAGGGAAGGAUGGAGAGCCAGGUUUAUAUGGGCCUAGAGGUGACGAUUGUGGUUAUUGUCCACCUGGGCUGCUUGGUGCUAAAGGAGAUGUUGGAGAUGAUGGACGACAAGGACCACGUGGACCAAGAGGUUUCCCAGGAUUUCUUGGGAGACAAGGAAGAAAAGGUGCAACUGGAAAACCUGGUAUACCAGGGUUGAAAGGAGUACCAGGUCGGCCAGGGUCUGAUGGUGUUGAAGGUCGAAAGGGUUCAAGAGGCUCAACAGGAGAAGUGAUCUUCCCAGGUGCUAUCAAAGGAAUGAAAGGAGAACCUGGAGACAUUGGGCCUCCUGGAGCUGAUGGAAUCAGAGGAUCUGAAGGUCCUUCGGGUCCAGAGGGCUUUAGAGGAUUUCCUGGAGUGAAAGGAGAGCCGGGAGAUUUUGGAGAUGAUGGACCUCGUGGCAUUGAUGGUCAGCAAGGUCUUCCAGGUCCCCCAGGACCUAAGGGAGCGAAAGGAGAUAUUCUUUAUGCUGCUAAAGGUUUUAAAGGAUUGAAGGGUGAUCCUGGUUUUGAUGGGCUUGAUGGUUUAAUUGGUGAAAAGGGUGAGAAAGGAGAACCAUUUCCUUUGGAAGAAUUAACUGAAAUAAAAGGUUACGUCAGGUCAAGAGGCCCUAAAGGUUUUCGUGGAAAGCCUGGUUUGAAGGGAAUCAGAGGAAUUGUGGGUUUUAAAGGCUUUCCAGGGUUGAAUGGCUCUGAUGGCCGCCAAGGACCACGUGGAAGAGAUGGAGCAUCGCCUCGUGGUGAUACAGGGAGAAAAGGUUAUCCUGGUAUGAUUGGUGAGCCUGGACUUUCUGGAACUCCUGGACUGCCAGGUCGUAGGGGCUCACCAGGUUCCAGUGGAAUACCUGGAAUAAAGGGGGCACGAGGAUCAGUUGGAGAUGAAGGAGUUGAAGGUCCACGUGGAUUACGAGGUAUACCUGGUCGACAAGGAGAUCAAGGAGCCUAUGGAACACCUGGAUUUUAUGGGCAGCCUGGAGAACCCGGUCCAAGGGGAGCUCUAGGACCAAAAGGUUCUCCUGGGCGUGAAGGUUUACCUGGUUUAAAAGGAGUAAAAGGAAUCCCAGGUGUUGCUGGUGUAGGUAAUAUAGGUCCUCCUGGGGAGCCUGGGUUCAGAGGUUUUGAUGGUGAAAGGGGAGAAAGAGGUUAUAGGGGACCAGCUGGACAGAUUGGACUACCUGGACUAAAAGGAAAUAUAGGUCUUCCUGGAGAACCGGGGUUGCCAGGUGUUCCAGGAAAAAAAGGGGUUCCAGGUUCUCCUGGACUCCCUGGAAAAGAUGGGUUAAAUGGACCAAGAGGUAUAAGAGGUGAGCCAGGAGAACCUGGAGCCUCAGGAAACCCUGGAGUACCUGGACAACCUGGAUUAAAUGGUAUUCCUGGCCAAAAAGGAAAACAAGGAGAACCCGGGUAUGCAGGAUAUAAUGGUCGGUCAGGUCUACCAGGUUUCAGAGGGGAGCCAGGAGAACCUGGACCACAAGGACCAGUAGGUCCACCUGGAGAUGCAGCACCAUUGGGUCUGAAAGGUGAUUAUGGAGAACCUGGGCUUUUAGGUCCCAUUGGACGUUCAGGGUCUCCUGGCAAACCAGGAAGACCAGGGCCUAAGGGAGAACAAGGAGUCCCAGGAGAGAGCCUGGGCGCAGAGAUUGGUCCAAAGGGAGUUGUGGGUGAUCAAGGUUUUAGAGGUCCACAUGGUACCCCAGGUCAGAAAGGACAGAUGGGUGACAUGGGAACUCCAGGGUUUGAAGGACUUAAGGGAGAUAAGGGAUUUGAAGGCUUCCCAGGAUUUCCAGGACGUGAUGGGUUACCUGGACGUCCUGGUCCUAAAGGAAGAAGCGGCUUAUCAGGUUUUCUUGGCCUUCCAGGGACAAAGGGAGACAGAGGACUAGUAGGGUUACCUGGAAUAAAAGGACCUGUUGGUGAUGAGGGACCUCCAGGAAGACCUGGAAUUGAUGGAAUUCCAGGUGCAGCUGGGGAUCAGGGCGAACCUGGUUUGCCAGGCCUCCCUUCAACUGUGGUCAGUAAGGGAGAUCAGGGUGAACCUGGAGCACCAGGACCUCCUGGCUACCCUGGUGAACAUGGAGUUCCUGGACUUCAAGGAUUACCUGGUGAGAAAGGAGCUAUUGGAGAACCUGGAUUUGAAGGCUUUCCUGGAAUUCCUGGAAGAGAUGGACCCAAGGGUUACCCAGGAGAGCCUGGUGGUAUAGGAGAAGAAGGUAAACCUGGUAUCUCAGGCCUUAAAGGGGAACCAGGAUUUCCAGGCAUACCAGGAUCUCCAGGCCUUCCAGGCAUACCAGGCAUCAAAGGAGAACAUGGAGAUGUUGGUGACUUUGGUCCACCAGGUCCAAAGGGCUCUCCUGGGUUCAGUAUAGAUGGUCCUAAAGGUGAACGUGGUGAAGUAGGAUAUGAAGGAGAACCUGGUCGUUUUGUGAUUGGUCCAAAGGGUGAACCUGGAGCUCCUGGAGAACCUGGAUUUAUUGGUCUCCCUGGAGAUGAUGGUCUUCCAGGCUUUAGUUCUCCUGGCCCUCAGGGAAAUCCAGGACUUCCAGGACUUGAUGGUAUACCAGGUCAGAUAGGAAUGAAAGGAGAACGAGGAAUUGAUGGUUUUCCAGGCAUUCCUGGACAACCAGGACUUAGGGGAGAUGAUGGUUUUCCGGGUGAGCGUGGUAGGCCAGGACCACUUGGAUUAGAUGGUGACAAAGGUGAAGUAGGUGACCCUGCACCAGUACCAUUGCAACAUCAAAGACCUCAGGGAAUGACUGGAGACCCUGGACUAAAGGGACCAAAAGGAAUCAAAGGUUAUCCAGGUGACAUAGGCUCUCGAGGGCUAGAUGGAAAAUUUGGAGCCCCUGGUGACCCAGGUUCACCAGGUUUUCCUGGAAUACCUGGUCCUCAAGGUCCAAAAGGACAUAAUGGAAAACCUGGAAGAGAUGGUUUAGAAGGCUUCCCUGGUUCACGUGGAAAGCCUGGAGAUGCGGGAAAACGUGGUUCUCCUGGGCCACCAGCACCAUCUCGUGGGUAUUACUUUACCCGUCAUAGUCAGUCAAUAGAUAUACCUCGUUGCCCUAGAGGUACCACACCUAUGUGGGAUGGCUACUCUCUUCUUUACAUCAUGGGGAACUCACGAGCUCAUGGACAGGACUUGGGUGGACCUGGAAGUUGCUUGCGUAGGUUUUCAACCAUGCCUUUUAUGUUCUGCAACCUUAAUAACGUGUGUAACUUGGCUUCUCGUAAUGACUAUAGUUACUGGUUGAGCACACCUGAACCCAUGACAAUGAUGAUGACUCCAAUCAUUGGGAGAGAUAUCCAGAAAUAUAUUAGUCGCUGUGUUGUUUGCGAAUCUAUAACUCAGGUUAUAGCAGUUCAUAGUCAGAGUAUGGAAAUCCCUGACUGUCCUGGUGGCUGGGAUGGACUAUGGAUUGGGUACAGUUUCUUCAUGAACACUGAUUCUGGAGCAGAAGGAAGUGGUCAGCCUCUUUGGUCUCCUGGUUCUUGUUUGGAAGAUUUCCGACCCAAUCCUUUCAUUGAGUGUCAAGGCCAUGGUCGCUGUAACUACUAUACCACAGCCUACAGCUUCUGGCUGGCUACUAUUGAAAGAAAUGCAGACUUCAGUGUUCCAGUAUCUCAGACUAUUAAGGCUGGAGAUCUUCGCUCCAGAAUAUCCAGAUGUAAGGUGUGUAUCCGAAAAUCUACAGGAGAAAGAAGAGAAGAGGAUAUCUUCUUGCCACCGCCAACGUAAUAGUCAUCACAUAUUUUAAUCAUUAUUUGUCUACUUUCUUCACUCUUUUCAAUACCUUUUCUUAAAUUUAUUUUUUGAUAAGCUAAGAAAGUUUAUGGAUUUCCUUCACAAUGUAUGUUUUAGUUUUCUUAACUUGCAUCAAUAUAGUUUAAACUUAAAACACUUACUAGACUGUUAAGAUUAAGUGCAGUUUGACUAAAUAGAAGAAUAUAUGAAUUUUUAUUAAAAAAAAUGUGUAUUUACUCGUUAUUGUUGAAUUUGUGUUAUAUUUGUAUAAACAUACGUAGAAUGAACCUAUUAUAUUGUACUUUGCCUUCUCAUUACUGUGUAUUUUUUAAAGUCUUUAUGCUUAUAUGUUAACACUGCCAAAGUAAGGGGGAUUACCUAUAUACAUAUUGAUUUGAGUUGUAUGUGAACGACUUUGUUGUCAGCAGUUAAUAAAGUGCUUUCUUAAAGUCAGGUUAACAUGAUAACAUACUUAUUAUAAACUGGAAAGAAUUUCCAUUUGAACUUAAACUAAAUAACAUUUGCUCAAUAAGUAAUAAACUACUUAUGUCACACACCUUACUCACGUCACUGCCAUACUGUCUCAGUGUUCACUAAAAAGUUCAUAAUCUGUGCUUUUGAUUACAUAAUUGGUGUUAAAAUUUUAAAUAAUUAAUAAAGAUUUUUUUGUACGAUUGGAACUGGUGUUUUUUUAGUUUUCGGUUAUUUUAUUGUUUUUCUUUGGUUCAGAACGAUAUUUCUAAUGCAAUAUGUGUAAACAAAAUAUUGAAUAGUUUUUAUAUAAGAUUGAAAGUUAAAAAAUACUAUAACGUUGAUUUAUGACCUCUUACAUCUUUUGGAAUUUAUAAAAAUAUAUUUUCAGAAAGUCUUGUGAUGCUAAUGUUUUUUAAAUUUUUUUACAUCGAAAGUAAUCAUAUUUGACAGUUUUAAAUAAACCUUUUAGAUAUAUAAAACUUUUCCAGCUAAACAGUUAAUGUACGGGUUACAGAGAAACGAACAACAGGCCAACUAUGAGAAAUUGUUUUCUUUAUGGUGCAUAGAGGGCGUUAAACACUGGACAGUUAUUUUAAUUCACUAUUUGCCAAAUCACACAACUAGCUGAGAUGUUCAAAGGAAAUAAAAUUUUUAGAUAUGA